AGAGAGAGAGAAAUGGGGGAGGAGACAGCGAGUAGUUUCAGACUAGGGAGAGUGGAGGAAGGAAAAAAAGUCGGUGUGAAAAAGAGAAUGGGAAACUGACUGAUAUACUGCGAAUGGCGAGCCUCAGGAGAGCAGAUGACAAACUAACACAAGGAUAAAAUGUUCCGAAAACCAUCAACUGGGCACAAGAGCGCGCGUAUGUAACAGAGAGACGCUGAGUGCUGCUUUUCUGCCGUGUUGGGAUUGUAUCGAUCGCUCCCGGGACAGACGGGAAAGCGCUGUUUCGGAACUCCGUUGCACCUCGUCCCGUCGCGCCAGUGGAAGUAAGUUACUGAGCCGCUUUCCCAAACUCAGCGCUGUCGGUCGGAGGGUUUGGAGGGAUCGUGUAAAGAGGCCAGAAAACACACAGCGGGAGCAACAAGAGCGCUGAACAUUGGACAAAAGUUUGGCCUUUUGGAGACGGGGCUGCGGGAGAGGCCGAGUCUCGCCACUACUGAACUGACAACUUCACCCAGCUUGCUGUGUGUUAGGAGCAGAUAACUUUCACCAUGAAAACCCCGGGGGACGCGGGGUUUGCGUUCCCAGACUGGGCCUAUAAGCCCGAGUCCAGUCCUGGCUCCAGACAGAUCCAGCUGUGGCAUUUUAUUCUAGAGCUGCUGAGGAAGGAGGAGUAUCAUGAUGUGAUUGCCUGGCAGGGAGAUUAUGGGGAGUUUGUGAUCAAAGACCCUGAUGAGGUGGCCAGGCUGUGGGGCGCCCGCAAGUGCAAACCUCAGAUGAACUACGACAAACUCAGCAGAGCUCUCAGGUAUUAUUACAACAAGAGAAUUCUAAAUAAAACUAAAGGAAAACGCUUCACCUACAAGUUUAAUUUCAACAAGCUGGUCCUGGUCAACUACCCUUUCAUUGAUAUGGGGUCUGCAGGAGCGGCUGUUCCUCAAAGUGCUCCACCAGUGCCUACAGGUCCCCAUUUCCGUUUCCCUCCAUCCACUCCUUCAGACAUGCAGGUGUCUGAAGUGCUGCGGUCCCCCAGCAGCGAGGAAUUGCGCAGUCCGGGGAUGUUCAGCGGCCGCCGCAUCGCCCGUGGGUCUGUCUCUGACUGCAGCGAUGGAACUUCUGUCAACUCUGAGAUCGAAGAUGGGAACGGAGGUGUGGCAGAGGAGAGAGUGACUGAAAGAGUGGCUGAGAGAGGUGGAGGAGGCAGCGGUUUCCGAGGUGCUGUUCACCCUCGUCUGUCUCACGAGGCUAUGUUCAGGAUGUACGGUGGACCGGGCGGUCACAGAGGUCAUCGAGUGUCAGAGGUUGGCGGAUACAGGGUUCAUCCCGAGCCUCUCUCGCCAUUCACCGUCUCGCCUCUGUCCGGUCCGGGAGGUCCAGGCCUGUUGGUGCCACCUCUCUCGCCGGCACUCUCCAUGACCCCAGGCUCUCACCUGGCCUACACUCCCUCCCCUACCCUGUCGCCCAUGCCUGGCUCCAUCUUCUCCUUCAACCCAGAGGACAUGCAGCGCUACCUGCAGGCUCACACCCAGAGCGUCUACAAUUACCACCUGAGCCCUCGUGCCUUCUUUCAUUACCCAAACAUCAUCGUUCCUCAGCCUCAGCGCCCCGACAAAGGCAUGCCCGGACCCCAGGGCUGUGAUCGUGGUCCUGUCGAGAGGCCUUCGGUGCUCAACAGCCAUCACUCCAUCCUCCCGCCACCUCACGCUCACCCUAUUCACCAUCACCUGGGGGAGGAACAGCAGCAUUCUCCGUUCAAGUUCAAGCUCCAGCCUCCCCCAUUGGGCCGAAAACAGCGUGACAGUCAGGGUCGACAGGCCUCGCUGUCCUCCACAUCUACAUCUGGUCUGGGUUCCUCGUUGUCGUUUGGGAGUGACCUCAGUUCAGCCAGCGGAUCAGGACUGGUGUCCAACUCCUCCUCAACCGGCUCGCUAAACAGCGCCGGGUUGCCCAAGAUUAAGGUUGAGCCCAUAUCUGACAUUGAAUCAGAAGAGGAAGUCGAAGUGACUGACGUCAGUGAUGAAGAAGCUGAUGAAAGAGAUGAAGAGUUUGAUGUUUUCCCCUCUCACUACCAUAAACACCGUCAUCAUCAUCACCAUAAUCAUUAUCCACACAGCCAAAAGCACCAACAGCCCAAUGGCACUGAUGCCGCUCUCCACCCAGAUGAGGACUUGGAGGAAGAGGUGUUCAAAGCCCCCGCCCCUCCACCCUUCUUCAUCCCUCCCACCUCUUCCUCAGGUGAUGGUCGCCGUGGUAACUCCGUUGUGAAGAGCGAACCCGUGGAGCCUGCGGACAUGCAGCUGCCACAAACCAACUCCCAGUGCAUCCCACUGAAGCUCCGGUUCAAACGGCGCUGGGAUCAGGACCAGCACAUGGAAGAGGCGGAGGACAAGAAAGUGAGAGGAGAAGAGAGGGGGAGAGAGAGGAACGGGAUGGUGGAGGAGAGUGGGAGUGGGAGUGGGAGUGGGAGCGGAGAGGCAGAGAGCCCACCUCCUCUCGCUCAUCACAGAGUUAGCACCGAGCUCCACCGAGCCACGGCACAGCUGUCACUGGAGAACAAGGAGUGCUGAUACGCAUCGACACACUUAGACAACUGCUGAUACACAACUCUACAACUGCUGAUGGACCCACACUCACACGUGACUUUUUAAAUCAAUGACUGCUGCUACUGACAACAGUAAUACUGACACACUUAGACUAACCGACCCUUGCUUAAUCGAAUCCCGUUCCCCAGGCUACCCUCGUUCCCCUGCCGCCCUCAGCUUCAGAUGAGGGGCUCUCCAGCACAUGUUCCAGUACAUCUCAUUGUGACCGUUAUGAAGAAUGAGUUCACCCACGUGCCCCAGUGACCCUCAGGAGUCAUGAACUUUGACCUUUGGCACUACAGAAUAUUUUAUAUUUUUAGAAGAUAAUUUUAUUUUGCAAAGUGCCUGUGAGCUGUCCCUCAAAAUCCCACAAAGAGAACUAGAGAUGGGUGUCAGAAAGACUGGUUUGAAAGGUCUGGUUUGAGGGACUUGAUCUUCUUCUCCAGCAGCCCAGCAUUAUUUUCCUCAGCAACAGACUGUGAUCAGUCUGCGUGUGAUGUGGUGGGAUACAAAUGCACAGAAAGUCACAAACAGACUCUGUUCUAAAACCAGCCUGGUCAGAAGUCCGAACCCUCAGGGACAAAAUCCCUCAACACACACACACACACACACUCAGACAUGACCCCUUUCUUAUUCCUUGUAUGAAGUGUCUGAUUCGAGUUUGAUUGUGUGUGUUUCGGAAAUCUAGCUGUGUGUAAGUUCUCAGGAAAUCUCCCUCCUUUCCUUUUCUAUCCAAACCAGCUCACCUUAAAACUCUCGCGCUCUCUUCCGUUCUCUUUUUUUCCUCUGGGACCAUACCUGAAUCACUUUCAUUCCAUUGGGGACGUAAUGACUCGGGCGUAACAUGCUGUUCAGAGACCAUACUCCUAAAUCUCUUAAAUGGCUAGUUCCUUAGUUGGUUAGUCUUUGAAAUGACAGUCUGAAAGUAAUACACAUUAGGGAGUUUAUAACAAGCUUCCCAAGUAAAGCAGACUUGACUUGACUUGACUUGUAUAGUCAGUCCUUUAAGUGUGAACCAAACCAGCAUCACACACACACGCACACAAACACACAAGCUUGUACAGUGAUACUAGACCGCCUGGGGCUCAAAGUUUAACUAUUUUGGUGCUUGAUGUACCCUUUAGAACCAAGUGCUGAUUCUUUGUCCUGAUUAACUGUCCACAGUCCUUGGACCUCUAUGAGAUCUUACUAUGGACUGGGGGAGGUGAAAUAGCAGUUUCAAUCCAUAAUCCCUAAAAUUUAAAUACUCAUUUAAGAAUAGAAAGACAGUAGAAGGCAUGUGGCCAGAAGUUGCUCUCUUGCGCACACACACAGACACACAUACACACACUCUGCCUCUUAUGCCUUGUUUUAAUAGCAUGUCUGACAAGGAAAAACAAAAAUCUUAAAAAAAGAACAGUAUACACUCAAUAUACCUUUAUAUAUUAUGUGUUGCACAUACUAUAAACGGAAAGCAUAGCAUUAACAGAUAUAUCAAUUUCAGGGGGUUUGUAUCAGAUUUCGUUUUGAGGGGAAGGUUGACUCUUCACCUCAGGGAUAAUGUUGCUAUUUGGGUAAGGGAGGAAAAUGUUGCUUUUCUUGUCACGUUAAUAAAAGGUAGGGUCAAGGAGCGAAAGAAUAAAUUGUACAUAAGACUCUAACAAACCACGAGAGCUUUGCACCACAGAUGAUGUGGCACAUAAGGUUCUUUAACCAGCACGCACCUCUUCAACAUCCUGUUCUUACUGCCACAAAGUAUGUGUGUGUGUGUG